CUCACACACACCCCGCGAACCACAUUCAGUAGUCACAAAAAUAAACCCAAACUCAUCACGCAUUUCGCAGUCGCAAAAUUCGCAAUAACCCAUUUUUAAAAUUAAGAGUAAAAAAAAUUAUGAGCUUAAAGGAAAUAUUUAUAUGCGCAGGAAAAGGCCUUGGCGACAGUUUAAAAGGAAUUUAUUGGCUCUAUUCCCUUGACAACGUCCAGAGGAGGGCGCAACAGGAACGCCAAGAAUUUCAAGAGUUGUCAGGGAAACAACGGCAGCAACAAAAACAGCAGAAUAAACCCAGCCCGAGGCAUCACCAUGGCAAAGAGGAACCCCGCCUGCUGAACCGCGUGAUGCAAUGCUGCACCCUCAACGGAAUCGUGUUUGGUCUUUCAAUCGUCCUCUUCAAAAGUGUGCUCUUGCCUGUUUUGGAGACCCUCCUCUCUCUCCUGAGCACGACCAACUCGACGACCUCCACGUUCUGGUCCUGGCUCCAAUUUUUACUCCAUUUGACGUUCGACGGGUUGUGGGUGUUGCCGCUGUUUCUUCUCUCCAGGAUCGUUAACGCCCUGUGGUUUCAGGACAUCGGCUCCCUUGCGUACCGCUACUCCCUUGGCCGUCCGAAAACGACCCAGUCCUUGUCAACCCUCAUCGCGGAUAACCUCUUUUCGCUGAUUAUCCAGGCCUUGUUUUUAGUGCAGGCCCUCCUUCUGAACUACACGCUGCCGCAUCUCCUGGGGGGCUGGAUUUCCGCGCUGAUUUUCCACACCCACACUUCGUUGCUGUAUUCGCUGUAUUCUUUCGAGUAUAAAUGGGUCCAGAUGGGGAUGCCCCUUCAUCAGAGGCUCAAUUAUUUGGAAUCCAACUGGCCCUACUUCAUCGGUUUCGGGCUUCCCCUGAGCAUCCUGACCGGUUACUAUGGCGACUGGGUGGUGAGUGGGUGCAUCUUUGCCGUCAGUUUCCCCGUCUUUAUCAUCGCAGGGAAUGAGGGGGAGGUCCGGAAAUGGGGGGAGGCUAGUCCAAGUGGGGGUGGUCAUCAGGAGGGAAUCCGCCUAAAACUAUUUUCCUUGGUGGUCUGGAUAUCUAACGGAAUUUUUAAAGGAAUUGGUCGCGAGACGUCGUUGCCAGAGAAAAAAAUUGUUAAUAAAAAAAGAUGAUUUUUAUUUC